AUGUCGGCCAAGAGGGAAGAACCGAAGAAAAUUAACCUGAUGUGUGAUUACAAAGGAAUUAGGCAAGAAGGGCUAUUCAUCAAAAGAGGGAUGACACAGGAGCUGAAGAAUGAACUCAGGGAGGUGAGAGAAGAACUCAAGGAAAAAAUGGAAGAGAUAAAAAAGAUAAAGGAUAUCAUGGACAAAGAUUUCGAUAAGCUUCAUGAAUUUGUGGAAAUUAUGAAGGAGAUGCAGAAGGAUAUGGAUGACAAGAUGGAGGUUUUAAUAAACAUACAGAAUACCAGCAAGCAGCCCCUUCAGAAACAACCAAAGAAGCAGCAGGAACUGGGACAGAUAGGAAAGAAGGACUCCUCGCUCAGACUCAAGAAAACGGAAGACUGCGGCGGAGCAUCCCUGGCUAGUGACAAGGUGAUGGUGGCCCAGAAAACAAAGAACAUUGCGCUGGACCCCCUCCACCCGUGUUCGACUUGCUGCGAGACCUUCGCACCACACCUCGGCGCCAUGCUCACCGUUGUCCUCUGGGGCUGCUUUAUGAUUUACCUGUACUUCAACCCCGACGAGAUGGACUUCGUGCUUCCCACCUAGCAGGGCCGUGGAGCCCAUCGACAGCUCCACUCCAUCCUCUCCCCUGUCCGAGAGCUGCACAGCAGGGUUUUCUGCCCCCCUUAAACAACCUCCCACCCCCACAACCGGGCUUUCACUGGAGAUUAAAGGCUUUCACUUAAAAGUCAAAAAGAUUGUCACCAUUUUGAGUACCGGCCUAACAUUUGGGGGACCGGAACAUUACUCUUUUUGUACUAAGUCGUCAUAUUUCAGACUCCAGCUCCUCUUCCUGCCGGCUAGGGGGACAUUCUCUCUGAGGGCUCCUGCACUUGCCUCUCUCCACUCCAGUGGGCCCUAAAACUCCCCAGGUCAGAGCCUCGAGACACCCCCAAAGGUAUGCGAACCAGCCUGGAUAGAGUUA